AGCGAAUUGGUCCUCUGCCUGUGCCUUGAUUUAACUAUUGGGCUGAGUCUUGCUCCUCCCUUCCCUACUCGGAUAGGAGCCACUAGGAUCUGGAGCCGGAGCUUCCAAAUUGGAGCUGGCCUCAGGCCAGGUGACCUUUUCUUUGAUUCUUUCACCAGGGCAUCUCCUCCAGUGGGACCCACCAGCGCGUCCCGCAGCACCAUGUGGGUGACCAAACUUCUGCCAGUCCUGCUGCUGCAGCACGUCCUCCUACAUCUCCUUCUGCUUCCCAUCGCCAUCCCCUAUGCAGAGGGACAGAAGAAAAGAAGAAAUACACUCCAUGAAUUCAAAAAGUCAGCUAAGACAACUCUAAUCAAAGAAGACCCAUUACUGAAGAUUAAAACCAAAAAAAUGAAUACUCCAGACCAAUGUGCCAAUAGAUGUAUUAGGAAUAAAGGACUUCCAUUCACUUGCAAGGCUUUUGUUUUUGAUAAAACAAGGAAACGAUGCCUCUGGUUGCCUUUCAAUAGCAUGUCAAGUGGAGUAAAAAAAGAGUUCGGCCAUGAGUUUGACCUCUAUGAAAACAAAGACUACAUUAGGAACUGCAUCAUUGGUAAAGGAGGCAGCUACAAGGGAACAGUGUCUAUCACCAAGAGUGGCAUCAAGUGCCAGCCCUGGAAUUCCAUGAUACCCCAUGAACACAGCUUUUUGCCUUCGAGCUAUCGGGGUAAAGACCUACAGGAAAACUACUGUCGAAAUCCUCGAGGGGAAGAAGGGGGACCAUGGUGUUUCACAAGCAAUCCAGAGGUACGCUACGAAGUCUGUGACAUUCCUCAGUGUUCAGAAGUUGAAUGCAUGACCUGCAAUGGGGAAAGCUAUCGAGGUCCCAUGGAUCAUACAGAAUCAGGCAAGAUUUGUCAGCGCUGGGAUCAUCAGACACCACAUCGACACAAAUUCUUGCCCGAAAGAUACCCCGACAAGGGCUUUGAUGAUAAUUAUUGCCGCAACCCUGAUGGCAAGCCGAGGCCGUGGUGCUAUACUCUUGACCCUGACACCCCUUGGGAGUACUGUGCAAUUAAAAUGUGUGCUCACAGUACUAUGAAUGACACUGAUGUCCCUAUGGAAACAACUGAAUGCAUUCAAGGGCAAGGAGAAGGUUAUAGGGGAACCAUCAAUACCAUUUGGAAUGGAAUUCCAUGUCAACGUUGGGAUUCUCAAUAUCCUCACCAGCAUGACAUAACUCCUGAAAAUUUCAAGUGCAAGGACCUACGAGAAAAUUAUUGCCGAAAUCCAGAUGGGGCUGAGUCACCCUGGUGUUUUACCACUGAUCCAAACAUCCGAGUUGGCUACUGCUCCCAAAUUCCAAAAUGUGACGUGUCAAGUGGACAAGAUUGUUAUCGUGGCAAUGGAAAAAACUACAUGGGCAAUUUAUCCAAAACAAGAUUUGGACUCACGUGUUCAAUGUGGGAGAAGAACAUGGAAGACUUACAUCGUCACAUCUUCUGGGAGCCAGAUGCUAGUAAGCUGAAUAAGAAUUAUUGCCGGAAUCCUGAUGAUGAUGCCCAUGGACCCUGGUGUUACACGGGGAAUCCUCUCAUCCCUUGGGAUUAUUGCCCUAUUUCCCGUUGUGAAGGGGAUACCACACCUACAAUAGUCAAUUUAGACCAUCCUGUAAUAUCUUGUGCCAAAACAAAACAAUUGAGAGUUGUAAAUGGGAUUCCAACACGAACAAAUGUAGGAUGGAUGGUUAGUUUGAAAUACAGAAAUAAACAUAUCUGCGGAGGAUCAUUGAUAAAGGAAAGUUGGGUUCUUACUGCACGGCAAUGUUUCCCUGCUAGAAAUAAAGACUUGAAGGAUUAUGAAGCUUGGCUUGGAGUUCAUGAUGUCCAUGGAAGAGGAGAUGAGAAACGGAAACAGGUUCUAAAUGUUUCCCAGCUAGUAUAUGGACCUGAAGGAUCAGAUCUGGUUUUAUUGAAGCUUGCUAGGCCUGCUGUCUUGGAUGAUUUCGUUAGUACAAUUGAUUUACCGAAUUAUGGAUGCACGAUUCCUGAAAAGACCACUUGCAGUGUUUAUGGCUGGGGCUACACUGGAUUGAUCAACUCUGAUGGUCUGUUACGGGUAGCACAUCUCUAUAUUAUGGGGAAUGAGAAAUGCAGUCAGCAUCACCAAGGGAAGGUAACUCUGAAUGAGUCCGAAAUAUGUGCUGGGGCUGAAAAGAUUGGAUCAGGACCAUGUGAGGGGGAUUAUGGUGGCCCACUUGUUUGUGAGCAACACAAGAUGAGAAUGGUUCUUGGUGUCAUUGUUCCUGGCCGUGGAUGUGCCAUCCCAAAUCGUCCUGGUAUAUUUGUCCGCGUAGCAUAUUAUGCAAAGUGGAUACACAAAAUAAUUUUAACCUAUAAGGUAACACAGUUAUAGCUGAAGUGUGUCUGAAGCGUCCAUCAAUAUGUGAUGAUUUUACAAGAAGAUUUCAGAGAACGUGGAAUGAAAAUGUUCCCUAAAAUAAUCCUAAAACAACUACUUGAGUGUCAUGUUUGUUAAGAUGCUCAUUAAUAUAUAUGGGUAUUUUCUGUUGUUCUGUUUGUCAGUGUUACUUUGUAAAUGUUGAAGUGAAUUAAGGUACAUGCAAGUGCAGUAACAUAUCUCCUGAAGAUACUUGAAAGGAUUACAAGUGCAAAGGUUUAAUUGCUGGAUGAUAAAGGAUUUAAUAGGAAAGAUCAAUUAAUCUCUCUACGCUGCUUUCCAAGGUUAGUUUCUUAAUGAUAAAUAAACCAUAAGUUAAAAAUUAUCUUAACCUCAUCCUAACAAUUUAUACCUUGUGUUGUCAAAUUGUAACUUUAUGUAAAAUUAUAUUACCUUUCAUAU